GUCCUUUUUACUACGCCACCACCAACAUCAACAUCAAUAAAAGAAAGUUUCGUCACUACAAUGAUGAAUGUCACUCUGCUUCGUAUUAAUAAAGAUGCGGAGAAUUUCAAGUAUCAAACGUCUGAUCUGAAGUUCCAACCGAGGCAAUAAUACCAGGUAAUGCCGGAUAUGUCAGCCCGCAAAAACGUUAGAGUUCCAGAUUUUCAGUCUCGGAUGAAGCAGAAUCCGUCUCGAAAGCAUACAUUCCAGACGAAUUUGAUACAAAACCGUCCCAUGCUGCUAUGCAUUCUACUUUCUGAGUCAAUGACCCCAGAUCACAGGUGAGAAGGAGGUAGGCUAUGCCGUUUUCAUAAUAGGAUAUUGAACUAUUGAUAUCCGAGCACAUUUAUCUUUAAAGUACCUUCGGACGGCGUACAUUAAUAAAGGUCGCUCUACUGAAUCUACAUCGUUCGAAGAUUUUGGUUUUAUAUACGAAUUCAAUUGAAGUUUCAUUGCAGAAUUACAUUGAGAGAAUCUGUCCAAGAAGAGAUUCCGAAUUACACAUUUAAAGCAUAGUCGGCUUGGAAGACAUGGAGAAGUGCGCAGAAGAGAAGAUUGCACCACAGCAUAAAAGUGCAUGGUUUGGAUUCAUCAAGUCGAUAGCAACAUUCAAAGGCGAUCUUUCAACGCUCACAGCGCCUCCAUUUCUUCUCUCUCCACAAUCAAUUGUCGAAUUCCCUACCUACUGGGCAGAACACCCCUCUCUGUUCAUCGCACCCACACAAUCCGAGUCUGCUGAAGAAAGAGCGUUACUGGUAUUAAAAUGGUUCAUUAGUACAUUGAAGUGGCAGCAUAGUGCUCGGGAUGAGAAUGGAAAGAAGAAGGGGAUGAAACCCCUCAAUCCGUUUUUGGGAGAGUGUUUUAUGGGUUCUUGGGAGGAUGAUGGGGAGGGUACUGGAAAAACGGAUUUGGUUGCUGAGCAAGUUAGUCAUCAUCCGCCAGCUACAGCAUAUAAUAUCUCGAACGAAAAACAUGGCGUACAACUCCAAGGCACCAUCGCUCCACAAUCCUACUUUAGCUCAACAGUACACAUCGAGCGAAACGGCUAUUCCAUCCUAACCCUCUCUCAACACAACGAAACACACCUAAUUACUCAGCCACCUAUACAUAUAGUCGGUAUCAUGUCCGGUUCUCUUAACCCUGAAUUGAGCGGCACUUCCUAUAUCCGUUCCUCAUCCGGUUUCACAACUCGAAUAUCUUAUUCCUCGAAAGGCUGGAUCAGUGGAACACCUAACACAUUUUCCGCAAUCAUAUAUAAAGACGGAUGUGAGAGUACUCCAAUAUAUAAAGCCGAAGGGCAGUGGAGUGGGGAAUUCAAAAUCAAGGACCUGAGAAGUGGAAAAUGCAUAUUGCAAUUGAAUGCGAAUUCUUUGAAGAGGAAAUCGCUAAAAGUUAAACCGAUCGAGCAGCAAAAGGAAUACGAAUCGAGAAGAGCCUGGCGAUAUGUUACACAAGCUAUUAAUGAAAAUGAUGUUUUCAAAAUUGGGAAAGAGAAAGGGAAGAUAGAGAAUGAACAGAGAGAAUUGAGGAGGAAGGAAAAGGCUAAGGGGAUAGUUUGGGAAAGAAGAUUUUUUGUUAAGAGGGGGAGGGAUGAAGUUGCGGAACGGUUAGCGAAUGGAUUAGAGGGAUUAAGCUUAGAAAGUGGAGGUGGGAUAUGGAAGUGGGAUAAGGAGAGGUAUAGGGCUAUGGAGCGUAGGGAUACGGAACAGAUGAGACGAACGGAUGAUGUGAAGAAUCCGUUAGUGACGAGAUGGGAAUCAGGGGUUAUGGUAACGGAAGUCAGUAUUUGAAUAUUGGGUUAGAUAUCAUUAGAUAACGACUAGUUAAUGAACAUACUAGAUCUACUUUUCAGGAGUUACCCUCACAGCAACCUCACCCAAAAUGAUGUAAUAAGAGUGCA